AUGGAGACAGCAGUAAAUUGCAUCGUACGGCAAUUACAACGUGAUGAUCUUUCAGUGAAUCUCCUCAUUAAAUCCAUAACCGUUACGCUACCUAGACUUCGAAAUCAGCGAAAUGUUUACCUAGUAUUUGGAAGAUUACUGCAUUGCGAGCCCUUUUGGAGACUGAAGGGAAAUGUUCCUAAUAACUUACUAUCAUUGAUUCAUGGACUCCUAGAAAACCAAACAGCUUCCCAUGAUCAACUUGGAAACACUAAGGUGCUGCAGCUAAUGAUGGAAACCCUAGAAAUUAUGCCAAAAGAUAAAGAUAUCAUUGCUUCAAGAAAGUUACUAUUGAUGGGUGCUUUGUAUAGAGCCUUAAGGUCAAAUCCACAUUUUUACUUGAUGUAUGCUUUGGAGCAAAAAGUAAAAAAGGCACUUAGGAAAAGGAUUCAAACUACACGUUUAAAUGAAAUAGAAGCUUUAGAGAUUAUCCAGAUCUUAUUUCAAAGCUUUCAUUCAGACACUGGAGUGAACUGGAAUUGUUUAUCGCUUUUUUCACAUCCUCUAGAAUGGUAUUCAUUAACUUGGAAUGCUCUAUCUUUUGCUUUUUCGGACAAUGCUGAAAAUGCAGUUUUGCCGGCAAUUGUGCUAUCUCGUUUAAUUAGUCACUUUUCGCAUAGAACGUUAGAAGACUUGUUGGAACGACUGAUCCAUUUAGCUGGUCAAUUAAGGAAGAUCCCAAAUGCGCUGUCUUCGGUUUCUCAAACAAGAUCCAACUUUUAUAUCUUUGUUAUUUUUCUAGAUGCAAUUAGCCAAAAACAGUACGCAAAAGUUGGCUUUACCAACAGAGAUCAGAAAACUUGCCUACAGACGCUUCGUGUGUUAAGUGAAUUAGAAUGGGGAUAUAAAUCUAUAUCUUCGUCCUGGUCCACUUUGGAUUUUAUUUUUGUAGUUGUUUUGACCAGGGGUAAAAAUAUGAUUGCUCCAUAUAUAGAAUCCGUGGGCCAUGCAAUUCAUCGUUUUAAGUCAGAAAGGAAAGAGUUGAAGAAUACUUUGCUUUCAGGUAUCCCACUUUCAUACGCUUUGCUUCUGAUCAAGCAGAUGCUAAAAUUAGAAAUCCAACAGCAAGUUUCAUCCAACUAUGACUCUCAAGUUAUUCCUUUUACGAGCUCAACUAUGGAACAGUUUGCAAGCAUUUCAAAUUCUUGCUUGUUUUUGUUCCACUUCUUAAGACAGGAUUCUCAAAAAUCCCCUUGGAAGCAGUACAUGCUACAACUGAGUCUAUACAAUUUCUUAUUCGCAGAUCUUUUCUCUAAAUAUUCUUCAGAAUCUCCAGCUAUUACUGAAAAAGAAACGAUCAUGAUACAUCUUGAUUGCAUUUUCAAUUUCGCCCUUCUACCGGUUUUUGAAAAUGAUUUACGGGACAUUUUAUGCUCAAGAUUGCAAUUGUAUGAAGAAUCUGCCAAAGAACUUUUUCUGGCGAGUCUUUUUUCUAUUAUCAAGAAUAAUAUUGUUGCUAAUUUGGAUAACUCAUGUCUCCUUUUCAAGGCAUCCAUAGGCCUGCUACCAUUCCUGACUGAAUUACAACAACGUGUAUAUCUCGAGCAAUCGCAACUUACAGUCGAUACCUUCCCAAAGGAUUACCAAAAUACCAUAAUUCUUCUUGUUACCAAUCAGCUCUCUACCCUUCCAUAUUCAUCUGCCUCAUCUUUACUUGCUUACUGGGCUUCUUUAUUGAUUCCUGCUGCUCGAUAA